UUGUUGACUUGUGAGUGUUCUGGUCUUCUUCUACUUGCUUUAAUGGAGGAAUCAAUUUACUAUUUAAAAUCUUACACUGAUCAAAACCCAACUCAUCAAUUUCUUCUUUCCUUUCUCUCGUGAAAUUCAGACAUACCCUUUUUCUCACCGUUGUUGAAUACUAAUGGAGGUGGCCAACAAUCCCUCUUCCGUUGUCGUUUUGGAAGUCGGGAUGCAUUGCGAGAGCUGCGCUUCUAAAGUUGUGGAAUGUGCUCGACGCCUCAAAGGUGUAGAAAAUGUGACGGUAGACAUAGAUUCGAACAAGUUGACAGUGGAAGGUGAGGUGGAUCCUUCGCAGAUUCAAGAAGAGCUAAGCCGCAAGACCAAUAAGAAGGUCGAUGUUGUCUCUUCUCAUCACAAGAUAGAUGAUAAUGGCGCCAUUGCUGACAAGAACAAGGAAGACAAGAAAACUAUUCGUGAGGAAAACUCAGACGUUGAUAAGAAACAACCGAAACAGGCUUUGGAGACAACAGUAGUAGUUCUCAAGUUAGGACAUUACUGUCAGGGAUGUCGCCCAAAGAUUCGCAAGAUAGUCCAGGAGACAAAGGGUGUGCAAGAGAUGGCACUAGAUGAAGAGAAUGAAACGAUAACGGUCAAAGGGACCAUGGAUGUGAAGGUGUUGUUGGAGAAACUGAAUAGACCUGUUCAGAUCUUGUCGCCUAAGAAAGAGAAAUACAGCAAUGGCGGCGAUAAAGAUAGCGGGACUGGCAAUGAUGACAGAAAGAAGAAGAAAGGAAGUGCACAAGAGAAUGGGAAUCGUGAUACUGAAAUGAAAGGGAGCUUAUUGGAGUUGAAACCAAUAGAAGCUCCAGCAAUAAUGGCAGUUUUCAAGGUGCCACUCCACUGUGAUGGAUGCAUAGGGAGAAUUCGGAAAAUUAUCCGUAAAAUUAGAGGGGUACAGGAGGUGAGAAUUAACAAGGAGAAGGAAACUGUAACUGUCAAAGCAACCAUUGAUGUGAAUACCUUAACUGAAACCAUGAAAAAGAGAUUGAAGAAACUUGUAGAGGAGAGGAAAAUAGUGAUACAAAAGGAGGCAGAAGUGGUGAAAAGUACAAGCCAAUAUUCAUUUCGAAAGCAAGAUCACAAGCAAGAAAUUGUGCCAUCUACAGCUCUUCAACUUGCUGAGCAGCAACAAGAAAUUAUCCAAAUAAUUUGUGUUCAGGACUCCAAUGAUGGCAGGGACCAGAACCAAAGUUUGGUUAGCUCUACACCUCUUCAACUUGCUGAGCAGCAACAAGAAAUUAUCCAAACAAUUUGUGUUCAGGACUCCAAUGAUGGCAGGGACCAGAACCAAAGUUUGGUUAGCUCACCAGAUGCUCACACCAAACUUGAUUCGGAAAUUGGAAAGAGCACACCCACAACUGAAAAAGCAGGGUGGCUUUUUAUACUCGCUAGCUUAUUUCUAGAGGGUGUCUCGGCUGUUCUAGACCAAAUGGGUCAUCUUAAGGCAAGCAUGGUACUAUCGUUUGUAGCUUUACUUCUUUGUAUGUUUGAUCUGUUCGACUCAGCUCGAAGAGAAGGACUUAUCAAAAUGGAAAGGAGGGGUUGUUCCCCAUGCUUUUGUAGUCACUCAACAAAUGGUUCCCCAACUAGUGAACUUUUCAUGGUUGUUCAAUGUUUUGGAUUUACAAGUGCAGUCUGGCAGUGCAUUUUCUCAACAGUGCAGUAUAUAUGUGCUCUUCGACAUUCAGAUAAUCCCAUCAAAAUGACCCUUCUACCCUGCAUCUUCCUAUUGUGUGUGCUCAUUUCAAAGUUAAUCAGGAAAAUGGAGGAGCUAAAUUGUCAAGAUUUAGAAAUGGGUAAACUUGAGCCCCAACGUAGCGGGUCAAGCAGGAAGAUGGAGAAGGAUGAUCAAACUUCCAAGACAAUGGAGACUACAAGUGAGGCCCCAACACAUGCUAGUGAAGAUGCAUUUGCGGAUGCCAGGGAAUUGGGAUCUGGCCAUAUUGGUUGCUCGCAUUAUAGAAGGAGAUGCAAAAUUAGAGCACCUUGUUGUAAUGAGAUCUUUGACUGUGUGCAUUGCCAUAAUGAAGCUAAGAACUCGGUGGAAACCAGUUCUCAUGAUCAACACAACAUUCCAAGCCAUGAAGUGAUAAAGGUCAUUUGUACCCGUUGUCACACAGAACAAGAUGUUCAGCAGAAUUGUGUGAGUUGUGGAGUUUGCAUGGGGAAGUACUUCUGUGCCAAGUGCAUAUUCUUCGACGAUAAUGUUUCAAAGAAUCCAUACCAUUGUAACGAAUGCAGAAUUUGCAGAGACAGAGGAAGGGAAAAUUACUCCCAUUGUAAGAAAUGUGGAUCUUGCUAUCCAAAAUUAAUGGAAGAUGUCCACCAAGAUUGAGCUUUACUAUCUGUUCAAGGUUUGUGGUGACUGUUAUUAGCAAAGAGAUUGCUUGCUGCAAUUGGCUAUGGAUUGAUCCAUAGCCAGAGGUGUCAAUAAUAGGAGCAAAUGAAGGAAUAUUUGGUUUCCUUUCUGCAAAAAAAUUACUGUUAAUUACAAUUUGUCUACAUGGUUGGGUUGUAAAACCAAGCACUCAAAACUAUUUAAAUAGCAAAUUUACAAUUUGCCCCAAAUCUUUUUACAAAAAGUCA